AAUCGCCUGUCACUUCCUUUUCUUAUUUGGCUGCGCUUGCGCAAGGUUCUGUUCAGAAGAGAGCUCCUGAUAAAUGGCAGAAAACAUGUAUAACCCGCAGCCAAACUCAAGCGUAAUCAAUAACUAUCAGCAAGAUUUACAAGAAUUCUCCUACGGGGAUGCGCGUUACCAACGGGAACGCGACCCAAGAUUGCGAGCCUGGAACGGUAACAGGCGUGCCACGCCCACUCGACGCCCGUGGAUUCCGUACCCGAGGAAUACUCCUCACCAUCAGCGUGUCUUUUCCAUGCCCACGCCAAACCCGUCCCAGUACUCCCCACCGAACUCAUUGGCAUACACUCCAACGAACCCACCGGCGUCCUCCCUGCCGUACACCCCUCCCCACUCGACGUCGGACUCUUCGGCGUACUGCCCAGCCCCACUUAAACCCGUUCAUUUCGGCACCACGCCGGGAUACUACUAUCACGGCUGCUGGUACAAUUCCGAACUACCUCGUGCCAUGCCCACUGAUCCGCAGCAGGUCGCCCAGCAACCAGCGAUGUAUAUGAUGACACAGCAACAACCGCCACUUCAACCCGUGGCCAGAGAUCCUAAUGGUUAUAUUGUGACCCAGCAGCCAUCUCAACCCGUGCCAAGAGCCCCCCAACAACCGGAGAUAUAUUUGAUCAAUGAGCAACAACCCCACCUCGUUGCUGGAGAUCCUAAUGGCUAUAUGGUGACCCAACAGCCACCUCAGCCUAUGGCCAGAGCUCCCCAACAGCAGGAGAUAUAUUUGAUGAAUGAGCAACAAUCCCAACCCAGAGAGGGUUUUAUGGUGAACCAGCAGCCACCUCAGCCAGUGGCCAAAGCUCCCCAACAACCGGAGCUCUAUUUGAUGACUGAGCAACAACUCCAACCCGUUGCCAGAGAUCCUAAUGGUUAUAUUGUGACCCAGCAGCCAUCUCAACCCGUGCCAAGAGCCCCCCAACAGCCCGAGAUAUAUUUGAUGAAUGAGCAACAACCCCAACUCGUUGCUGGAGAUCCUAAUGGUUAUAUGGUGACCCAACAGCCACCUCAGCCUGUGGCCAGAGCUCCCCAACAGCAGGAGAUAUAUUUGAUGAAUGAGCAACAAUCCCAACCCAGAGAUGGUUUUAUGGUGAACCAGCAGCCUCCUCAGCCUGUGGUCAGAGCCUUUAAACAACCGGAGAUCUAUGUGACGAUUCAGCACAAACCACAAGGUUAUCCUCAUGAUUAUAUGGUGAACCAGCAGUCACCUCAACCUGUGGCCACAGCCUCCAAACAACCGGAGAUCUAUGUGACGAUUCAGCACAAACCACAAGUUGAUCCUCAUGGUUAUAUUGUGACCCAGCAGACACCUCAACCCGUAGCCAGAGCCUGCCAACAACCGGAGCUCUAUUCGACGAUUGAGCAACAACCCCGACGCGAUGCCAGAGAUCCCAUUGGUUAUAUGGUGACCCAGCAGCCACCUCAACCUGUGGCCAGAGCUCCCCAACAACCGGAAUAUUUGAUGACUGAGCAGCCACCUCAACCAGUGAUCUAUUUGAUGACGAAUAAACCGCAGGUGCAGGCACCGCCUGCUCCCUCAGAGAUCCGUCCCGAAGUCCAGUUGCCACCGGUGUCUGAGAUCUUGUUGGCACCCUCAGUUUCGGUCACUACAACCGGCGACAAGCUUAUAAUUGAUUUUAAACAACAGUAUUCAUAUCGUUCAGUGCCUGAGAACCGUGAUCCUGUUGGAGACCGCGUAAUUCGCAGUCAAUUUCCAUGUCAUCAAUCACGUCUGAACCAUUGCUUGGGUCAUCAUAAAAACGAAACAGAGAAUGUUGAAACUUCAGAUCAUUCAUCAAUUGCCAUGACAGGACUACCCGCACCAGAACCUAUACAGCCCGAAAUGGUACAGCAACCUGCCAAUAUGAUUCAGGAUCCCAAUUUGUCCUUAAACACGGAGGAAUUGGAAACGGGUCCAACUGAAGUUGGCAAUCAGUCUGGCAAUUUGACUGUGACUCAGGUGGAAGUCGGUCAAAUGCAAGUUAUGCAGGAGGAACACUCUGACACUACGGCUCCACAUUUAUCCUUGAUGCACCAGGAACGGCCUACGAUUUUAAACUUAAGCGACCAAAAUGCGACUUUUGAAAUGGAGCAUCAAGUUGAUACAGUUCACCAGGAUCUUAAUCAGGAAGCCACUCUGGAGAUUUCAGAGUCGGCCAUGGUUAUAAUGAAGGAACCGUUGAAUAACAGUGCUCCACUGCCCGAUCAGAUGAUGGAGCCAUCUAUCACUGCUGCUAUUCCGGGCUCAAUUGAACAGGCACAUAUUAAUUGUUCUGUAUCGGAGCAAAAUGCACAGUUGCAUAUUACCCAUUCGCUGCCAGAGAGUAUUCCGCCAUUAGAGGUUACUGCUGUUCUUUCCGAUCCGACUAAGGCACAAGUUAUUGCAGCUGUUCCGGAGGCUAUCGAAAAAUCGCAAAUUAGUGAUCUCAAAUCGGAGCAGGUUCCAAAAACACUCGUCCCUCAGAUAUCUCAGUCAAAUAUUACUGAGCCUCUGGCAGAGAAGAUCCCACAGCCAAUAAAGCUUUCUACUGCAGCUCUUCUAGAUCCGCAACAACAGGCACAAAUCAUCGCACCUACUCCGGAACCCAUCGAGAAAGGCCAUACUCUAGCUUCCAAGUCGCAGAAGAUUCCAAAAGCACAUGCCUUGCAGAUAUCACAGUUGAUUAUUAAUGAGCAUGUGGCGGAGAAAAUCCCUCAACCAACUAUCCCAGCAUCCUCUUUGGAACCGAUUAAGCAGGCCAACAUUACUACAAACCUUUCAAAAAAUAUCCAAAAGUCGGUACAGAUGCCAAAAGCGUAUAGUACUCCAUCGCCAAAGAAAAACGAGCCAGUGGUCCACGUUCCUCAAUGGCCGCCUUUGGGCAGCCGUCUACGAACGAAGGUAACCCCAAAGCAGGGACCUGUACCACCAGGAAAUAGCUUUCAGAAACAGGAAUCAACGGAUCAUUUGUUGAAGUACAUGCACCACUCGCAUGAAAACAGGAUGAGCCAGCCAACGAUGGUACCGAAAAUACCUCCAACCGAUGCAAAGCGCAACGUUCUUCAACAAAAAAACGAUGUGAAUUCUGAAAAACAAGGUAUAAAGGAAAAAUCACAAAAGCCCAAUAUAGCCAAAACUGAGUUACAAUCGCCAAAGAGUUCCCAAUCGAAUCCAGAAGCUUUUAGUAGCACCCAGCAGGACAAACAGCCUUUAAUCAGUUUAGCAAAUAAUUCUUCGAAGUCAUCCCCACUAGGAAAAAAAAAGGUUACUGCUCCACAAAGUCACCUACCAUUAAAUUCUCAACAUAAAUACAAGGAGCCAGGGACAGAUGCAAUGCUUCGGGUGUCAAAUAUGUUUGAGCUUCUGGAUGAGCCGGAGGUUAACAUCAAGUACAACUUACAGGAAGAUGGUCUGAAUGAAAAUGUGGAUCUACAGAGGGCUACCAAGUCCAAGAAAAUGAAGAGGCGCCUCAAAAAAGAGGAUACAGACCGAAAGAAUCUACUUAAAGCCAAAAAAAAGGCAGCCAAAGAAAUGGCAGACAAAGAAAGGGAAGCCAAAGAAAAUAAAGCCAAAGAAAAUAAAGCCAAAGAAAAUAAAGCCAAAGAAAAUAAAGCCCAGGAAAAUAAAGCCAAGGAAAAUAAAGCAGAAGAAAAUAAAGCCAAAGAAAGGGAAGCCAAAGACUUAAAUUCAUCUAUACCAAAGUCCGACAAACGAAAUCCAAAAGACCAACAACCAAAAGCUUCAAAGCUGGAAAAUAUAAAGCCCGAAGACCUGCAACCCAAAGUCCAAAAGGCAGAUGAACUAAAGCUUGAAAACCCGAAACCAAAAGAUCAAAAGGUCGCCCCUGACCAAAAACCAGAAGAACCAAAGCCCUCAAGUUCUAAGCAACCACCAUCAAAAGAAACCCUCAAAAAAUAUUCGAAAAUUACUAGCCAGGGCGAGUUGAUAAAGAACACAGGAACACAUUUAGUACUUCACGAAAAUGUCGGUAGAAAGUUAGUACCUGAACCUGCUGGACCGCCCUCUCCGCCUAGUCCUCCCCAGCCUAGACCUGGUGCCCCCCCACCUAACCCACAACCUGCACCUGCUGCCAAUCCAGAGCUGAUGGAACCCAGAAGGAAAACACCAAGCCCUAGGUCUAACGAGCUGCAAUCCCUACCAAAUUCAAAAUGUAGCAAGUUCAUUUCGGCGGUUCGUGAAGCCGGAGCUGUGCAAAACAGGACUAAUUCGAACAAGAGGGAAUUAUUUGAAAAUAGAAAGGCAGCUAAAAAUACGCAUACCCCAAUUUUAUAUCUGCGGCCCAAUAUUCCAGCUGCGAAUGACCAAGCGCAAAAUCAAGUUAAACAGGCGGAUACUGCCAAAGAAUUGUUGCAGACAGCGAAGUCAAACCUAAAUAGAGAAAGCCCAGUUCUCCGCCUUCGAAAUCCAUCUCCAGUUGAAGGCCCAUCAGAACCGGAUGUUGGAUCCCAAGAUCAGGUACUAACGGAAAAAUCUGAGAAAUCGGAAGAAUCAGAUAAAUUGGUCAAAUCAGAUCAAUCGGACAAAUUAGAAAAAUCGGAGAAAUCAGAUAAAUUGGAGAAAUCAGAUAACUCGGACAAGGUAAAGGACAAUAACACCCCAUUUAUAUUCAACCCUACCGCAACCUAUUGCAUUGGGAGUAGCCUGGGAGGUAGACUUCAAGAUGUUGCUAACCCAAUACCAAUUGUUUUCAAACUGCCUGAUUUUGAGUCCAACGAAAGUAAGCUUUGGCAGUCAAACAAUGGAUUUCGCGAAAUGUUUAGUGCGCAAGUCAAUACUUGUCCGCCAACUGGUGAAGGUGCUCAAAUUAAUACUCCUCUAGAAAGUACUCCUCCAUUUACUGGUGAAGGUGCUCAAGUCAAUACUCCUUUACCAAGUGGUGGAGCCAAACUAAAAUCGGUCUCUGAGGCAAAACGGCGUCGUGCGUUAAAAAGGGAUUUUUGGAGAAAGGGACCACCGUGCAUUGAAAGGUUUAUCCCAUACCUUCGUUUACAAGCCAGCCUUGCACCUACACGGGCAGUGCAGAGCAAUAAAUUCAACCCACCUAACAAAAUUCACGAAAAAUGAAUAGGUUUCACUUGUAUUAAAGGGUACUGAGUUGCAAAAGCCUUAAAAUAACCAAGUUAUAGCAAAUAUGAUCUUCAAGUAAUACUUGUGAUAAGUUUGAU